AUGGCGCCGGGACGAGCGGCCCAGCGGAUGCUGCAGCCGCCCCCUCCUCCUCGACGCCCCCUCCUCCACGGCCCUCCCUCCUCGCGCCGCAGGGAUGCGGCGAUGAACGGAUGGCCACCCUGUCCGCCGUUACUGGCCACGGCGCACUGGAGCGGGCCCUACUGGAUGUCGCCGGCGCGGCUGCCCACCAUGUGGCCUCAUUCGUCUGGUAGUUUUCUCUCGUGCUCAUGGAACACUAACCCUAGGUGCCACCCCCUCAGGUUAUGGUGGAUUCAGGAAUUGAUGACCGAUUCAUGUUUAUGUCCACAUGACUCAUUAUUUAUUUCUGACAGAGUCUCUCAUUUUUAUACAUGCUCAAAUUUAUUUACAGUUCCCUUUAUUUUAAUUGAGGAUGAUGAUCUGAAGGGCGAUUUGAGAACCAAUUUUUGGGCUCUAGGGAGCACCAAAAUAACUGAAACUAAAAGGCGUCAUGAGGGUAUAACUUCUCAGUUGUCCUCUUCACACUUAGUGAUGCUACAAUUUCAUAUGUACAAUAGUAUUUUUAGGAAGUGUUUGGAGUUAACUAAGAAAUGGAGAAAUCUGUUCAGUUGCAAAAUUGUGACUCUUUUCAAACCAGUGAAGCUGGAUAUAAUUCCUGGCAUAUGUCUGCAAGGCCGGUUUGGACAUUUUAAUUUGCUACCGAUUCUGCGGUCACUAUCGCAUCGUAUCUUUCAUCUGGUCUUGCCAUCGGUGUGUGGCGUGCCUAACACAGUGAUCGAUGUGGUGAACUGUACUCAUAAUCAUAGUCCAGCUUGGAUGGAAGUCAUAUACAAAUUUGUGGUUCCUCAUCGAGGAUGCUGGACUAAAUCAGAUCACGUAGUGGAUGAUGUUCCAAGGCAGGCACAUAGUGACUCAGAUCCUGAGGAGCAGCCUGUGCAGGGCAAACACAGUGAUGUUGAUUCAGAGAUUUCAAAUACAAGCAGCAAAGAAGCUACUGAGAGGACCUCCAACCCAUCUUCCACAUCGACAGCAAAGGGCAAAGCCAGGAGAAUGGGGUUUCAGCUUCAGCGCAGAGCUUUCAUGGCUGUGACUGUGACAAAGGAAGUAGGCAGAGGAUGGGAUCCCAAAUAUACACACACAAGUUUUUUCCCAUAUUGGAGAUCAGUGUUAGUAGCCCGGUUUCCUAUGAAGGUGUAUCCAGCCUAUGCAAAAGCAGAUGCUAGGUCUAGGCUUGACCUUGAACAUUUAUCUGUCCCUCGGAGUAAGUCAUUGGCCAAUGGUCUGGUGGGAAGAAUCUCACCACUUGCAAGCAAUCAUCAACCCAAAAGGGCUCUUAGCACUGCUGCUAUUAGUGCAUUCAGGCUCUUGAAGAUGCUGAAGUAUGCAUGA